UGUUGGCUAGCAGCCUCAUGCUAACCGUGCUAAUUCAUUUCGCCAAGCGGCAACGGGCUUUUUACAUAGUAUGUUUACCAUGUAAGGUGGUACCAGUGGGUGUCACUUUUCCAAUGGAUAUCGGAACAUUUUAGACGAAUUGCCCUCUCCCGGGGCUAAAAAUACACACUCACCAAAUUAGACUGCGGUCGAGCUGGUGUAGCUACCGUUGGCCAACGCUGGCAGCUGCUAGGCUCCGUGACAGUAGUUUCUAGUCUGGGGACAGUUACCACAGAGAAAUGGCUGAGGCAGUUGCAAAUGUGGCUCGGAGGAUUAAUGCCACUGUAGAGGAGGGGAAAGAUAGUUUGGAUCUGUCAAACUGCAAGCUUAUUUCUUUCCCAGACGGUGUGUUCAAGGUCCUGAGGAGUGUCUCAGAAAACAUCCGCGUUAUCACAUUGGCUGACAAUGAGAUGAAGGCUAUUUCCAGCAAGUUCUUUUCCACCUUCACUCAGCUGAGAGAACUGGACCUGCAAGGCAAUGUUCUCACCAAACUGCCUGAUGCCGUGGGAGAAAUGGAGCAUUUGACCAGCAUCAAUCUGGCUAAUAACAGCUUCUCCAUCUUCCCUGACAAGCUUACUGAGAUAGGCACACUGGAGAGGAUUAACCUGGAGGGAAAUAGCAUCACUGAAAUUCCACUGGAGAAGUUGUCUGUCAUGCCAGCACUGAAGUGGCUAAACAUGAAGUCAAACCCUUUGGACUCAAACACUAGGUCUGCUCUGCAGUCUCCCCACAAAUUUGACAUUUUGUUCUCAGCAGAGACCUAAAAAGGACAUCAUAAAUGAUAUUUCCCCAGCUAUAGACUGCAUGCUGUGUGCCUUUAACUACUUCAGUUGGAUGCUUUCGUGUGCCUGAGAGAGGAGAAAGCAUAAUACUUGAAGACAUCACAAUGCUGUACAAGAAGAAGAGAAGACAUACGUGUGUAAAGAUGGCAUCCUCCUUGCUUGUGUUUUUAAGCCCUGCUAGUGACCACACCCUGUGGCCUCCACUUUGUCCUCUCUCUAUGAACUGCACUGGGCUGAAGUUGAUAUUUGGAGAUGAAAUCAAUCCAUCUUUAUACACCAUUUGACCUUUAUUUGUCUCCAUUGAGAUACUUGCAAUAACUUAUUUAUUACUUUUGAUAGUAUAAAAAGGUUUUUUCAAUUAAAGCUUAUACACAAGAAACUAUGCAGUUUU